UUUACUUAUUGUUUCUGGCUUUCAUGAAACUCUCCUCUCUCUCCCGAGCAAACUCACCGAAUCCCAAUCCCACAAUUCCAGAGCCAAUGGACUCAGAUAUGCAAAACCAAAGCCCAGAUUACGAAGCAAACGCCAAGAACAUGUCGAAGAAUGCUAUGCCUGUAGAUGGACACAGUGUUACUAAACGUCUUCGCAGUGAAUUGAUGAGUUUAAUGAUGUCCAACAUUCCUGGAAUUAGCGCUUUUCCUGAUUCGGAUUCCAAUCUUCUGCAUUGGGCUGGCACCAUUGUUGGUCCUGCUGAUACGUACUACGAAGGCUUAAAAUUCAAAAUUUCUAUGACUUUCCCUCCAAACUACCCUUAUACAGCGCCCACAAUUGUAUUUACUUCUCCUAUGUGGCAUCCUAAUGUUGAUAUGAGCGGUAAUAUCUGCUUGGAUAUUUUGAAAGACAAGUGGUCUGCAGUUUAUAAUGUUCAGACUAUUCUUUUAUCUCUUCAAAGUUUGUUGGGUGAGCCUAACAACGCUUCUCCUUUGAACGCUCAAGCCGCUGAACUUUGGAGCAAGGAUCCUGUUGAGUACAAACGCUUGUUAAUGCAACGCUACAAAGAGAUUGAUGAAAUCUAAAAAAAAAUCUGCAAUCGCAUCAGAUUCUCAGGUUACUUCUGUUGUACUCUUCCGUAAUGCAACACGAGUUAUGAUUGUCUUUUCCUUUUCAGUUGUUCCUUUGGGCGGACAAUGCUUUCGUUAAGUUGUCAUUCAGCAUGUCAACAUGGCAAAUACUGGUUUCCUAUUACUUUGCCUGAUGAGCAGACACAGUAGGUUGUUCUUAACACGUGAACAACGGUAUGGAGACGUCUGGUAAUACGACGCGAAUUUGUCUAAUCUUGUAGCAAACAACUUCGUGUUUUAUGUGUAAUCCUAUGUGCUGGUUUGCUUUUCCUUCCUCAAAGCCAAACUCGUUCUUAGGUAAAUUUCUGCGAAACUUUUUACUCCAAAUUUGCUAGUGUUUUAAAUGCUCAUGUGCUGUCUCCGCCUACAUGAACCUUACAUAUUUACGCUUGUAUUCUUUAGUGCAUACAUUUUAUUUGUUGAUGAAAAAGGUUACAAGUGGGACAUUGGGUAAAAAUUAGUAGAGCGGGUCUGUUCUUG